AUGCCAGCAGCAACGCCUCCGUAUAAUGACGGCAUCCUGGAGACGCAGGGCGCAGAGAAGUCUGGCCUAGAUGGCAAUCGAACGCCGGCCCUCGCGCAUCGGAUGAAGCACGACAAAUCGAUCCUCGCGUUAGCAGUGUCUUCACAGUACAUCUUCGCUGGAACACAGGGCGGGGAGAUCCUAGUGUUCAGCCUCGAUACCUACGAGCGACGCAGUGUCAUACAUGCGCACAAGGGCAGCGUGCUCGGCUUGUGUCUGUCGCAUGACCGCAAGUGGCUGUUCUCGAGCGCAGCAGAUCCGAUCGUCAAUGUCUGGUGCACGUCGACCUUCAGACACCUCUACGCGCUCUGGUCGCCAUACGAUAUCGGAGACAUUUUCUGCGUCGCAUACUCCUCACAACAUCGCACCGUCUACCUCGGAGCCCAGAACACAAGCAUACAAUGGUACGAUUUGAAGGAGAAAGACACUAGACCGGCCCCGAGUCUGUCAUCGCAUCCUGCAGAGCGAAAGAACAAAUUCUUCGACUCCCUAGGACCGGGCGGCGCGCAAACCCCGAAGCCCAGCGGGGCAGAUACGAGACCACGCGACGCAGUAGGCGGGCAAGAGCUGCAAAUCGACAGCCAUGACAUCUGCCAAUUUGCCCACUACGGAUACGUACAUUGCAUGCUCCUGGGCAGCGGGAUCAUACCGGAGGCGCCAUCCGAGGAGAUUCUGGUCUCGGGUGGAGGAGACGGGCGUAUCUUGCUGUGGCGCAUAGAUCCCGCACAGCGUGGUGCCAUCACAAGCCUCUACACAUUGGAAGAUGGAAGGGAGGAAGGUGAAUCCAUACUUUCACUCGCCAGAGAGGGCUCUUUCCUGUACAGUGGGCGCUUCGACGGCGAGGUCAACGUGUGGGAUCUUGAAACCCGGCAACUCGUGCGAAGUCUCAAAGCGACUACCGGUGAUGUUCAUACCCUAACAUUGGGUGCCGGCGUUCUGUACGCUGGUGGUAAAACCGGUGUAAUGCAGAAAUUCAACGAGCAUUACGAAACCAUCACGACCUUCAAGGCACACGACGGCCUAAUUCUCGCUUCCGCGUUUACCAGAUACAACGAUAAGCCAACCCUCGUUACCGGCGGCAAUGACAAUACUGUGGUUAUCUGGGAAGUCAGAGAUUGUGCGGAGCCCAACGCCGUCUCACGCAGAAGCAACAACGAUCUCAUGGUGGAGUCAUUGAGACAAGGGGCGUCUUACUUGCGUUCCGUCUUCCAGAAUUUUGGCGCUGUUACCGAGAUGAUCAACACAAGCGAGUACAACCCAAUUGUGUUUGCAAAAUUCCGCGGCAACCCGGCUACAGCGGCCUCACGUAAGAAAAUUCUGUUCUACGGGCACUACGAUGUUAUCCCUGCAGAAAACGAACACCGCAAGUGGAAACACCAUCCCUUCGAGCUGACAGGAGAGGGAGGCUAUUUAUAUGGUCGCGGGACGUCUGACAACAAAGGCCCGAUUAUGGCUGCCAUCUACGCAGCUCAUGAGCUUGCAAAUGAACAGCGCCUGGAUUCCGACAUCAUCUUCCUCAUAGAAGGUGAAGAGGAGAGUGGCUCUCGCGGUUUUGAAAGAGCUGUGCAAGCCAGGAAAGAUCUCAUUGGUGAUGUUGACUGGAUCCUCCUGGCCAACAGCUAUUGGCUCGACGACCAUGUGCCCUGCCUGACUUACGGACUCCGAGGAGUCAUACAUGCUACUGUGCAGAUUGAGAGUAAGCAUCCUGACUUGCACAGUGGUGUAGAUGGAAGUGCUUUGCUAGACGAACCGCUCAAAGAUCUUGUCAUGCUGCUAUCACGAUUGACCGCACGACAUGGCAAGGUUCAGAUCCCAGGUUUCUACGACCCUAUCCUACCUUUGACAGAGGAUGAAGAGGGACUCUAUACCGAGAUUACCGAAACACUUUUACGUGGUAACCCAGAUCUUGGCGAUGCAGGAGAGCUAGCACAGUCAUUGAUGCGCAGAUGGCGAGAGGCUUCACUCACCAUCCAUCGCUUCCAGACUUCUGGUCCUGAUAACUCAACCAUCAUUCCUCGUCUUGCUAAGGCUGCCUUAUCGAUACGACUGGUACCGAAUCAAGAAGCUGGCGACGUAGCAGAGAGUCUCAAGUCCUUCAUGCAAUCUGAGUUCGAAGAUCUUGACUCAAAGAACCAGCUCAAGGUAACAAUCGACCACCAAGCCGAGCCGUGGCUUGGUGAUUUCAACAACGAGAUCUUCCAGACGCUUGAGCGCGCCAUCAUGUCAGUAUGGGGUCCAACGCUUGGACAGCGAAGGGAAAGCAUGUCUAUAGUUCAGCCGCCCGACUACUUCUCGCCAUUAUCACGAGCAGCGGCCGAGCCUUCAACACCUACUGCUAAAGACAAGCCUGCGCCAGCAACAUCAAAUACUCUGGCCAACUCAUCCGACCCCGCUCUUGCAGGGCCUGUCCCAUCAUCUGGCAACUCGACGCCGGACCACACUCGAAGCGAAGUAGCGUCUCGUAAGCCUCUGUACAUCCGGGAAGGUGGCUCUAUCCCCAGUAUCAGAUUCCUAGAGAAAGAGUUCAAUGCACCUGCUGCGCAUCUGCCGUGCGGCCAAGCAAGUGACAGCGCGCAUUUGGACAACGAGCGCCUGAGGUUAGUGAACCUGUACAAUAGCAAGAAGAUCUUCAAGGAAGUUUUCCGGGAGCUGCCGAAGAAAUGA